CACUCACCACUGUUCUCACUUUCCCCACCUAAAUCGACCUCACCACCAACCUAAGCAAAGCCACACUGGUUAUCCCCUUCGCCCAAUUCCAAUUCCACAGCUCCAUCAUAUAUAUGCACCACCCACCAAGUACCACUCCUCUCGCCUCUUCACCUCAAAUCCACUCCUCAGAAAUCUCUCGCAAGAAAGCUCUAAAUCCCCGCAAUUCCAGCCCAAGAACGCGGCGAGACUGCCGGAAGAAGAGGAUCUUUGGGAGGACGGACGCGAUUUGGACGGAUCCAUGUCGGUGACGGGGACAUCCGUGGCGGCGGCGGCGACCAUGCUCGCGGCGGCGGCCGCCAUCUUCAUCACCUUCGUCAUCUUCUUCUACCUUUUCCUCUGCGCCAAGCGCUACAGCGGCGCCGCGCCCACCAUCGGCGGGGGUGGACCCGACGGCAGGGGCCGCGGCCCGCGGUUCGUGUUCGGGGGCCCCUGCAACGGGAGCGGGCUGGACGAGACGGCCAUCGUGGCGCUGCCCCGGAGGGAGGUCGCCCCGGGCGACCCCGCGGCGGACUGCGCCGUCUGCAUCACGGAGCUCGCCGCCGGGGAGGACGCGCGCCUGCUGCCGCGGUGCGGGCAUAGUUUCCACGUCGACUGCGUCGACAUGUGGCUCCGCUCCCACUCCACCUGCCCGCUCUGCCGCUGCCCCGUCGCCGACGAGGCGCCCGCCGUGCAGGCCCCCGAGGCCGACCCGGAGUCGCCCAACUUCCCCACCAACGUGCUCUUCUUCGGAUCCCAGGACGCCGCCGCCGUCGCGCCGCCGCGGCGGCCGGUGGCUCCACUGCCUCCGCAGCAGCAGCCUGCGCAGGGGCCCAUCGCCGGCGUCGCGGCCGUGGUCGAGGCGGCGAGAGUCGCGGCCCUCCGGCGGUUACGCGGCUGCGGCGGCGGUGGCGCGACGGCCCAGCCAACGCCCCCGCAGGCGGACCGUGACGUGGAGAUGGGCCUCCCCCGCGGCGAGAGCAGCGCGCGGCGGCCGGCCAAGCCGCAGCCAGGUUCUUGAUUGCUCCUCCCGUCCGUCCGCUCCUGUGAAUCUGCUCCACCACAUCUCCUUCAGCCAGCCAUUAGAGGCAUCAUCAAAGUGUACAUAGUCUACUACUCCGUAUGUGUAUGAUACGACCAGCAUCUAUAUAAUCUCUAUAUGAUGAACAAGAUCUAUUCAUAGAUAUACAUUUUGGCAA